GGCUCGUAGGCCGGGCGGGCCGGACUGCGGCCAAAGGGCAUGCGCGAUCAGGCGGCCAAUGGCCCGCGGCGCGUUGGCCCCGGCCUUGCAGCCGCUCCGGGCAGUGGGGCGGGGUCCAGGGUCCCAGCCAGACUACCCUGCGAACGGUUCCUGCUGUGCCAUGCAGAACCAGGUUGGAACAUCUUUCCAUAGCAGCGGUGGUCUCUGCGUCUCUGAUUCACCCAGGGAAGUGGAGGACCACAGAAGUUAAGCGCAUUUCCUGAGGUCGGACAGAAAGUUCCAAGACGAACCACCAGUGGAUGGUGACCAGCAUGCCUCUGUGUCGGCGAAGAGCCGCCCCGAAAGACAACAAGGCUCAUGGCGCAGAAGCUCAGCCGCUGGUGCCUACAGGAAGAUUGAUGGUGCUGCUGCACUGGGCUGGGCCAGAGGGCGGGGAGCCCUGGGUCACCUUCAGCCAGGAGUCCCUGACUGCGGAGGACGCCUGCAUCCACAUUGCAAACAAAGUUGGCAUCACCCCACCCUGCUUGAAUCUCUUUGCACUCUAUGAUGCACAGGCCAAGGUCUGGCUGCCCCCAAACCACGCCCUAGACACAGCCCGAGAUGUGAACCUAAGGCUGUAUUUCCGAAUGAGGUUUUACUUCCGGAACUGGCAUGGCAUGAAUCCCCAGGAGCCAGCUGUAUGCCGAUACGGUUCCCCAGGGGCAGAGACGUCCUCAGAACGGGCAGAGCAGGGUGUGCAGCUCCUGGACUCGGCCUCGUUUGAGUACCUCUUUGAGCAGGGAAAACAUGAGUUCAUGAACGACGUGGUGUCUCUGCGGGACCUGUCUAGUGAGGAAGAGAUCCACCACUUUAAGAAUGAGAGCUUAGGCAUGGCCUUUCUGCACCUCUGCCACCUUGCUCUCUGCCGUGGUGUCCCCCUGGAGGAGAUGGCCAGAGAGAUCAGCUUUAAGAAAUGCAUCCCUCGUUCAUUCCGCCAGCACAUCAGCCAGCACAAUGCGCUCACGCGCCUGCGUCUCCGCAGAGUCUUCCGGCGAUUCUUGAGGGCCUUCCAGCCUGACCACCUCUCCCAGCAGGUUGUGAUGGUUAAGUACUUGGCUACACUGGAGCGGCUGGCUCCUCGAUUUGGCUCAGAGCAUAUACGGGUAUGUCAUCUGGAGGUACUGGACCAGCCUGAAAGAGAUCCAUGCUACAUCCAGAACAGUGGGCAGACUACUGGGGACCCAGACCCAGAGCUGACCACCAGGCUUCCCACCCACGAGGUACUGGUGACAGGCACCGGAGGUAUCCAGUGGCAUCCACUUCAGAUCCAGGAAUCUGAGAGAGGUAGCAGCAGAGGGAAUCUCCAAGGCAACCGGUCUGGGAAGAAAGCGAAGACCCCUGAGGCUGGCGAACAGCUGACCAAGAGCCCUGGGGACCCACCCUGGACCUACUUCUGUGACUUCCAGGACAUUUCCCACGUGGUGCUGGAGGAGUGUCGCGUGCGCAUCCACCUUCAGGACAACAAGUGCUUGUUGCUGUGCCUGUGUUCCCGGGCUGAGGCCCUGUCCUUUGUGGCCCUGGUGGAUGGCUAUUUCCGCUUGACUGCUGACUCCAGCCACUACCUGUGCCAUGAGGUGGCCCCCCCGAGGCUGUUGACUAGCAUCCAGAACGGCAUCCAUGGGCCCCUGAUGGAUCCAUUUGUGCAGGCCAAGCUGUGGCCGGAGGACGGCCUCUACCUGAUCCAGUGGAGUACCAGCCACCUUCACCGCCUGAUCCUCACUGUGGCCCAUCGAAACCCAGCUCCCAGCAGUGGCCCUAAGGGCCUGCGCCUCCGAAAGUUCCCCAUCACCCAGCAGCCUGGAUCCUUUGUGCUGGACGGCUGGGGCCGCUCCUUUGACAGCGUGGGGGACCUUCGAGUCGCCUUGCAGGGCUGCUCUCUACGGGCUGGGGACGACUGUUUCCCCUUGCACCAUUGCUGCCUGCCCCGGCCAGGAGAAAUCUCCAACCUCAUGGUCAUGCGGGGGUCUAGUGCCCACACCCGGCCUCUUAACCUCAGCCAGCUCAGCUUCCACAGGGUUCACCAGGAUGAAAUCACACAGCUGUCCCACUUGGGUCAAGGCACAAGGACCAAUGUUUAUGAGGGCCUUCUAAGAGUGGGAGGCCCUGACGAAGGCAAAGUGGACAGUGGAUGUCCCCCUGAACCUGGUGGAGGCACUGGGCAGCAGCUUCGAGUGGUGCUUAAAGUCCUGGACCCCAGUCACCAUGACAUUGCCUUGGCCUUCUACGAAACAGCUAGCCUCAUGAGUCAGGUAUCACACAUGCACCUGGCUUUCCUGCAUGGUGUCUGUGUGCGUGGCUCAGAGAAUAUCAUUGUGACAGAGUUUGUGGAACAUGGUCCCCUGGAUGUGUGGUUACGGAGACAGAGGGGGCGAGUGCCCAUGACCUGGAAGAUGGUUGUGGCUCAGCAGCUGGCCAGUGCCCUCAGCUACCUGGAAGAUAAGAAUCUGGUUCAUGGAAACGUAUGUGGCCGGAACAUCCUGCUGGCCCGGCUGGGGCUGGAGGAGGGUACCAGCCCCUUCAUCAAGCUAAGUGAUCCUGGUGUGGGCCAAGGUGCCCUGUCCAGGGAGGAGCGAGUGGAACGCAUCCCCUGGACAGCUCCUGAGUGCCUAUCUGGAGAGGCCAGUAGCUUGGGUACUGCCACGGACAUGUGGGGCUUUGGUGCCACCCUCCUUGAGAUCUGCUUUGAUGGGGAGGCACCCCUGCAGGGUCGUUGUCCCUCAGAGAAAGAACGAUUCUACACAAAGCAGCACCAGCUGCCUCAGCCCUCAUGCCCGGAGCUGGCCACACUCACCCGCCAGUGCCUGACCUACGAACCAGCACAGCGGCCAUCAUUCCGCACCAUUUUGCGGGACCUCACUAGGCUGCAGCCACAGAAUCUAGUGGGUGUCUCAGCUGUGAACGCAGACUCAACAGCAUCAGACCCCACUGUUUUCCACAAGCGUUAUUUGAAAAAGAUCCGGGAUUUGGGCGAGGGUCAUUUUGGCAAGGUCAGCCUGUACUGCUAUGAUCCAACCAAUGAUGGCACUGGCGAGAUGGUGGCUGUGAAAGCCCUUAAGGAGGGAUGUGGCCCCCAGCUCCGCUCAGGCUGGCAGCGGGAGAUCGAAAUCCUACGGACCCUGUACCAUGAACACAUUGUCAAGUACAAAGGCUGCUGUGAGGACCAAGGAGAGAAGUCUGUACAGCUGGUCAUGGAGUACGUUCCCCUCGGCAGCCUCCGGGACUACCUGCCACGGCACAGUGUUGGGCUGGCACAGCUCCUGUUAUUCGCGCAGCAGAUCUGCGAGGGCAUGGCCUACCUGCACGGGCAGCGCUACAUUCACCGAGACCUAGCCGCGCGCAACGUGUUUCUGGACAACGACAGGCUGGUCAAGAUUGGAGACUUUGGCCUAGCCAAGGCAGUGCCUGAAGGCCACGAGUACUACCGCGUGCGCGAGGACGGGGACAGCCCUGUGUUCUGGUAUGCCCCGGAAUGCCUGAAGGAGUGCAAAUUUUACUAUGCAUCAGAUGUCUGGUCCUUCGGGGUGACCUUGUAUGAGCUGUUGACGUACUGUGACUCUGGACAGAGCCCCCCCACGAAAUUCAUCGAGCUCAUCGGAGUCACCCAGGGCCAGAUGACCGUGCUGAGGCUCACAGAGUUGCUGGAACGAGGAGAGAGGCUGCCUCGGCCUGACAGAUGUCCCUGUGAGAUCUAUCUCCUCAUGAAGAACUGCUGGGAGUCCGAGGCCUCCUUCCGGCCCACCUUUCAGAACCUUGUGCCCAUCCUCAAGACAGCCCAGGAGAAGUACCAAGGCCAGGUGCCUUCAGUGUUCAGUGUGUGCUGAUAGGUUCAAGGGCAGGGGGAGGGGCCUGACGGAGAAGCCCCACCGCAUGCUGUACACCUUACUCUUGCCCAGAAACCCCUUUCUGUGAACUAACACCUUUCCGUCCUUGACCAUGAGCCUGGCUGUGAUCUGAACAAACCCUGGAUACCCAGAAAAAGGGCCAAGUGGACCCUUGAGUCUUCCGUUCUGGGUCCAUCCGUCUUCACAGUGGAGACCCGCCAUCUUCACUAGCUGGGAAGAAACUGUUUGCUCUUCUAGAAGCCUGGGGCCUCCGAGGUCCAUAUUCAGCAAGGUGGCAUGACAAGGUGUGUAGAUAGAUUGAGACUUCAGAAGGAGCUGGAACACUUCUGGUCACCCCUCAACCAGCGGCCAAGCUGGGGUAUGACCAGCAAAGCCUGUGCUUAGUGGGGAGACCUGGGUUCCUUCCCUAUCAACCUAAGCCACCAGCUAGAUCAGUUCCUGGUAUACAGAAGGCACGCAGUAACUGCUUGUUGGAGGCUGGGGAGAUUGCCCUGCCAGUGAAGUGCUCAAUUCCCAGAGCCCAUGUUAGCUGUGUGGGUGGGACAAGCUUGUGAUCUCAGCACUGGGGGAUGGAGACAGGCACCUCCCUGGGGCUCGCUACUCCAUUCAGUGAAACGCAGGCCAAGGAAUCUGCCUCCAAACAAAAUGGUGGGACAGUGCUUCAGGAAAUGUACCCAAAGUUGCCCUCGGCCUCCUACACAAACACCUGCACAUACACCUGUACAUACAUUUGCAUACACACACACACACACACACACACACACACACACACACACGAGGGACAUUUGUCACAUAGGUAGGACUCUGCCCAUUUUACCCUUUUCUUCCUGUGUGACCUCAGGUAAAUGUCUUGACCUCUCUGGGCCUCAUGUCUCAACUCUGGGAAUGGUCAGGCUUUCUACCUCAUAAGACUCUUAAAGAGCGCUGAUGAGUUGUGUUUAAAUUGCUUAGGAGAGAGACAGAUACAUGUUUAAUAAAUGUUUAUGUUUAUUACUA